AUGUCAUGUUUGAAAACAACUAACGCUUUAAAAAUAUCUAAUGGAUUAAUGGAUAAAAAAAAUCCAUCAUCUGACUCUAUACAGAAACCUAAUGGAGAUGAAAAUGAUUUAGAUCGUGAUAAACGUUUAUUAUGUAUAACAUUUAUUGUAGAAUUUCAAUCAACAUAUCCAUAUUUAGUUUCACCAAAAAUAACUCUUUGUCAUCCUCCUGGGUUAACAGAUGAACAAAUCAAUGAAUUAAAUUCUUUCAUAUAUUCUUGUUUUGAAUCAAAUAUUAGUUCUUGCGAAGCUUAUGCUGUAUUUUUAACAUUAAUAAGUAAUCGAAAUGAUAUUGAAGAUCUUGUAUGUCGACAAACGCUUGCAAAUAAUGUUAUUGAACAAUUGCCAUCAUCAUCUUCAAAUGAACAAAAUUCUAAUGAAGAACAUCAAGAACUAAUUGAAAAUUUUUCACGACAUAUAAAACAAUAG